AUGAGCGAGCGUAUGAUUGAAAUGCACCGGGCAAAGCUCUUGGGCCAAACACCACCACCUUCCAUAGGCACACCAACUGGACAACCGCAAAACCUUACUCAAGCGCCGAGAGCUGGCACUCAGCCGCAACAAGCAAAGGCGAAUGAAAAAUUAUCACCUGCAGAUGCCGCCCUUCGAAAAUUACAAAAAGAAGACAUUCAGAUGCAACGAUUCAUACAUCGUUUACAGCGUCGGAAUGACAGUCAUCCAUCCUUUGAAUCGAUAUCCGGCCCUACAGUACCCACGGCACUAUCACGGCGGAUGCUGCACAGGCAAGGGGUAGGCUAUCUGGACGACACGGUGGGGGCUGUAAUAUCGGCUUCGGCCGACCGAUUCUUGGCUACAGUACUCCAACAAGGCAUUGCUUGCCGAGACCAACGGUUAAAGGGGCUAGAACUAGCCAAGGAAGCUGCAAACCAGCGCAAGCGUCACAUUCAACAUUAUGACGAAGAAACUAUUGACCGAAAAAGACGGAGAGAGCAAACAGAAGAGAAUCGCGAGAAAGAGCAUCUCGCUGCUAUUGCUACUGCUGAAGCCCUCAACAAGAAAGGGGGUAAGGCGGAGGAACGGAAAAAGAAGAAAACGAAAAAGGCAGACGAAGCUGCAUCUCCUACUAAUGGUGCCACGAAAAGUUCAGCCAACAAAGACGACGAUGAUGACGAAUCUUAUGAUUCAAUAGACGAAGAAGAAGAAUACUAUCGAAAAAAUCAGGAUCCAGGUUCUUUGGACCGCAAGUACAAGAAUGAUGAAGACGAAGAAGAUGACACAAUAUUGCUACGUGAUCUUCAGCGCCCGCUUGAGGCUUGGAAAUUCAACCUGCUGGGGAAAGAGUCACUGGAAAUCUAUUCCUCCUCCGAAGAAGAGGAAGAAGACGAUGACGAGGAUGAGGACGAAUCAAAUGGCAACAUGAUGGAGGACAAUCCAAAUGAUGAAAGCAUGCUGUUUCAAGGAAUCAUGGAAAGUGGUAACGCUUCGACCAAACAAAGUGAUGAUGGGGACAAGACCAAACGAAAAAGUAGUUCUCCCAAAUCUUGA